CAAAAAUGGCGCAGGAUAGUUGGAGUCAGCUCUUUGUAAAGAUAUGACGACUAAAUAUUUACUCUAUUUUACUCAAUUUUGCACUUGGAUGCACAAUGCAAAUCGAUAACUCGAAAGACAAACAACCAAAAAGAAGGAAAAAUCGAACAUGGGCCGAGGCUGCGAAGAUAGUGUUGGAGAGAAAUGCACAGAUUCCUAUGAGCUACAAAGCUAUUCUUCAAGCAAUUCAAGAUGAUAACCUAAAGGAUAUUAGUGGGUCUGUGCCUUUGGCAUGCCUAAACUCCUGUCUCCAUGCCUACUCCAGAGGGAAGGACUCUGUCUUCUACAAGGUGGCCGGUAGAUCUGGGGUGUAUGGAUUAAUGGGAGAUCGACCAACUGGGUCCACUCUACAUGAAGUACCGGAAGAAAAUGAUGAUGAUGACGGCAGGGACCGGCCCUUCAAAGAACGCAGGAAAGAAAAUGUGAUGUUUGUAAGUUUACCUUCUUGGGUAAAAACAAUUCCUCCAUCAGAAGAUGACGAUGAUCAAUCUAAUGGUGAUGCAGAUGAAAUAGCAGAGCCAUCGGACAGUAAGGAAAGCCAACAAAGAUCCUCAUCUGGAUCAUCAGGGACGAGCAUAUCCUCGCAUGUUAAUCACACCCUGAGACGUAGCAUGCGACAAUCUUUACGUCAAAAACAAAAGAAGAAACAAAAUGACUAUCCCAGAAUCAUUAUCAAACCUAUUCCACCUCCAGACAAGGAGAAAGAAGUCAAGGCUGUCAAAGAUGGACACACAGAAAUGGAAUCUGAAAAUGAUGGCAGUCUCCAAAAUGGGGACAGCAAGUCUGACAGCUCUGACAGUGGUAAAUCUCCAGCACCAUCUUCAAAGCGACCUCAGACAAUGAGAGAGAUACUGGCAGGGAUUCCAGGAUUUAGUAUGAAGCCCCGAAGAAGGCCCCAUAAGAAAUUGAGCCAUGCAGCCCAGAUUGCCCAAACAAAGGAAGGCUGCAUUGAUUUGGAGACUCCAGAUUCCAUUCUGUGCAACACAAAUCUGAGAAAUUUGAUAGACAAAAGGAUGUUCUCCAAAUUACCAAGCCAGUACCAGUAUAAGCUUUUACAUUUUUUACCUGAAUGUGACAGAUAUGUGGGACAGGACAAUACCCUCAGGCUGAGUAGUACUGCAUUGAACAAUGAAUUUUUCAAUAAAUCUUGUCAAGAAUGGAUCGAAAGGCUCGCACAGGGAGAGUUCACACCAGAAAACCAAAUGCGCAUCAAACAGGAAGAGGAGAGGGAGCUGAGUAAACUGGACCCAUGGAAGGCAAAACAUUUUGAGGAAAUAUGGGGGAAAAGGAAUAUUGGGUAUGAAGUUCCGAAAGCAGACCUUCCGUCACCAGUCACUCCAGCCUCUCCUGUGAAGACUAAACUGAAGAAAGCAACACUUGUGUCUACCAUGUUAAAACAACGGUCAAUAUUUCAGACUGUGGGGAGCUCUUCAGAUGGUGCUGGUCAAGGUGGUCUUCUGAUGAAAGUGUCAACUGUUAAACAUGCAAUCAGUAACAAUGACCCUCACAAAACUCUCAAGAGGUCGCUGUCUAUGCCUGUGGACCCUGAAGGUCACAGGGUUCUCAACAGUGUUAGUCCAGCAAAACGUCAGAAGAACCCAUCUCUGUCUGAGGAUGUUAUUGUAGAUGUUGUGUCAUCACCAGAAAAAAAUAUACCCCAAGUGUGCAGUCCUACUCGUGUAGUAGGGACAAAGCAUGUGAAAUCUGUGACAAUUGUCGAGCCUGCUGUGACAAAACAUGUUUCUCUUCUGAAUGCUAUCUCUACCUCACCACCUUCAGUACCUUCUCACGCUCUGCAUGUUACAACACCAACUAAGGCUAGCACCACCCUACAGGCCACGUUGGCACACACUUCCAGGUCCCCUGUAGGAGGGCCGACACCAGGGGUGGCAGUCAGAUCUCCUCCACAGACUCGUACAUUGGCACAGAUUCGUGCCCAGAACACGCGUGGGCAGACAAGAACACUUGCACAGAUCAAAGCACAGACAAAAGCUAAGCAACAGCUGCGUGAACAUCUGCAUCAACAACAACCAGAAACCCAAGCCAAGCUACAAGCUCACCUUAUUGCAAGGGGUCGUAUACCUGCUAGUGCCAUUACUUCAACGGGGAGUACUACAGCGAGUAGACAUGUUCCAAACAUUAUGAUGCCAACUGGUCGACCUAAACAGGUUCAGACUGUUAAGGCGGUUAGUUCUGAAAAUAUCUCUAAGAGUACAUCAUCUACUACAGAUGUAGGAUCAGAUGGAGUCAAUAUGAAGCGUUCUUUAGAAAUAAUGCAAAAAGCUGCCCAAGAAGGAGGAAAGGAUAAUGUAAAUAUAAAGAGGUCAUUGGAGAUCUGUCAGAAAGUGAUGGAGAGGACAUGUACACAAACGACUGUAGUAACUCAGACAAAUAAUGGAAUCUCAACCACUGUGACAGGUACAGCCGAUAAUGCUAGUUCUACUCUCCCCAAAAUAUUGGGACAUGCACAAAGUGGUGCUAAAGGUGCGAGUGUGACGGGACAAGGUCAAUUAAGUGCCUCAAAACUUCUGUUUUCCAAUGUGUCUGCCAGUAGCAGCACAUCUAGUGAGCAAACAUUGCAAGGUCAAACAGUGAGCUCACCUGUGAUGGUUAACAUAGCAAAAGUUCGGACUGUAGGAACUGGUGUGCAGGGUUCAUCUAACACCAAUAAUGAAACAUCGUUGGUACUGACAUUGCCCCAAAACACUGCUCUCCGCUCUACUGUAUCGCAAACUGCCACAGUAUUGACACUGCCAGGAUCCAAUACCAAAGUGUUACUGCCUGCUGGUAUUCCAACCUCAGCAGUAACCACUUCUAGCUUAGCCCAGAUCCUCAAUGCUCAUCAAGCUGGAAAUAACACGAUCCAUAUCCAACCCUCUCGCGCUUCGAGUGCUCCACCACAGAAUCUUCUGGUCAACUCCAACAUACAAACUCUGGUGAGGUCUGCAAGUGCUGGAGGUCAAGUAUCAACAGAAGGAGAUGGAACAAUAGUUACCCAAAACCCUGCAGAACCUGUUAAUCAAGAAGUGCGUGUUAUUUCUCCAGAUCAGGUGAAUUUUUUAUCCAAGAUUGGCACUGCUACUGCUCCAGGUCGUAAAACGCCUCGUACCACUGUGUUACCUCUGAACAUGUUAACACAAUCACGACCUGAGGCCACCGCUCCGUCCCCAAACAGCGGUGGCUCCGCGGGCCCCGGCAAGGUUUCCCCGGCCCAGCGAGUAAAAAAAAUAGUAGUUUGCAGUGCCACGCAAAUAGUGAAUAACCCUUACAUCAUAAAGAGUAUUGAGGCACAUGUGCAAAACAAAGCAAAUAGUCAGGCUGCAGCGGCUGCAGCAGCUGCCAACAAUCAAGCUAAAAAGGUUCAUUGUAAUAUUGUACCAUUUGUUUCUGCACAGACAACAAGUAAAUCUGUGGUUCUGCCCACUGCAGGAUUGUCAGGUACUGGAUUACCCGCGACCAUUGACAAUGUGUCAAGUAACUGUGCUUGUAGCUUAAAGGCAAUGAUCAUGUGUAAAAAAUGUGGAGCAUUCUGUCAUGAUGAUUGUAUCGGACCCUCCAAUCUUUGUGUUACAUGUCUGAUUGCAACGUAACAGUUGGAAUAUGAUACAAUUUACUGAGAUUAUGUUAUUUGUAACAUUGUCCAUUUAAUAUAAUUAAGCUGAUCAUUUAUCGCAUAUAAGGACAGAAACUGGUUAGAGUUCUAAGUAAAAUAAACAUUUAUAAAUGAUUUAUCAUGAUCAUCUUUUGAAAUACCAAUUCCUUUACCAAAAAAAAACAAGAAAUAAAAUCUGAAAAUGUGUUCAAAAAGAUAUAUCAUGACCAGACAGUUUGUUCAGUGUAUAUGGAAUGUUGGGUCCUAUGUGACCAUUUUACAUUACUUAUAUCACUAACAUGUCUAUUGCAAAAUUCAUCUGAAAUUAAAUUCACCUGUCAAGUUUGGGUUAAUCAUUUAUGAUUAUUUAUAAAUGAACCCCAUUAUGAUUAACAUGUGCAUUUUUCCUAAUUACCUAAAAUUUUCUUAAUUAUAUAAUUACUUGUCUAUCUUGUAUUAAGUAAUUUGGUAUAGAUACAAUAGUUUUCUCAGCAUUAGGUAAAGAUAUCUUGAUAUGAUUAUGAAAGAAAUUAGUUUGUCAAAAAAUUAACAUAUCAGGUAUUAUAUUGUGUAAUUACAACAAAUAAUACCAAAUUAUGACUGUAUGUAGAUUAAUAUAUACAUGUUUGAUCUGUGAUUCAUUACAAGAAGUGAUCUGUCCUACUUGUAAUUCCCACUUCUGUUCUCUAUCUAAUAUUCUCUCUAUAUUCUGUAAACUUCACUCAAACUGUUUCGUUCAUGAUAUUGAAAUUAGUAUACAUUUUUAGCAAUUAUACUAAAUUCAUCUGUGUGUUAUACAAUACUAAAUUCAUCUGUGUGUUAUACAAAAGUGGAGGUAAAAGAGACUUUUUCUUAUUAAAAAAAUUAGAUAUAAACAAAAUCAAAACUUUUUUCAUGAUAAAUACGGAUACCAUAUGGUACCCUUUCACCUUAACAUUCUGUACACUGUUAUAUCAUCAAUUUGACAGUAUUGUACGUAUUCAACGUCUUUUUGGUAAGAUGCAGCUAUGACUAACAGUUUCUGCAGAUAUCUAGUGCCACUAAUUUGUUAACUGGUGAUGUAAAAGUCAGAAUAGAGGUGGAAGGGUUAUAAUUUUAAAAAUUAUAUGGGAUAACCCAAGAUCAAUCUAUAUACAUAUGUAUGUAUUGUAAUGUUAUGUGAGAAAAUGUAAUGUUGUGAUACAAAAUAGGAAAUUUCUAAUCUUAAUUAAAUGUCAAUUUUUCCAGGUGCACUUUUAAUUUGCUAAUAAUCAGUUAUAUGAAGAAAAAAACCACAUCACAUUGAUAAUUUUAAAUCUAAUUUACUUAAUCAAUAUAAUUGAAUAAUGAUAAAUAUCAUGCAUUAAAAAGUAAAACCUAUAUAUAGCUAGCUCCCUUGUCUCAUGUCAUCAAAUUAAAAUACUUGUAUAAGCAGGCUGUAGUCUUGCUAUCUGUAGUAAAAUCUUUGGCUUUUGUAUCAACAGCAUUGAAAUAGAAAA